AUGGACGAGGAUACACUGCAAGCCAAUAUGGCCACACUAAAGGAGAUGAUAUUAGACGAAGAACGUUUAGUAACUUACGUUUCCCUUAGUAAAGAUCUGUGCAUCCAUGUCAACGAUAGCAAGUUGUUGCUCAAUAAAUUAGUGGAAGAUAUUAGACAAAAAGGCCCAGUAGAUACCAUUAAUGUGAGUUACAUUAUAUCUGGUAUAACAGAAGAUUGUAAAGGACGCACAACUGUAGCGGCAGAACAAAAUAUAGCUGAGGCAAGGAAUACAUUUAAAACAAUAUUUUUCGAGCACGUAUACAGUAUUAGCAAAGGUUUGUCCAACAUAGACAAAGUUGCUUUUUUGGCUGUGUGUAAAUUUGAAGAUUUUCCUCUCUGCACAGGCCUCAUAAAGAGCAGUUCAUGUGUAAAACGCAGUUCAGAUGAAAUAAAUACUUUUAAGUCCAAUAGCCAAGCCACUGAACUAGUUGAACCAAAACCUUCGAGUUCAUUACAAAAGAAGAUAAAAAUAGAACCAAAAGAAAUUGCUAAAAAUGGUCACACAGAGCCUAAAGAAGUUACUAAAGUUCAUGAAACAAAAUCAGAACCAACUAUAAAAAGUGAAAUUUCAUCGCCUAAAAAACAUCAAACCAGUAAUGGAAAGCCCAAACAAGAACUUAAAAAGAAUGGUCAUAAAUCACAGAAGAGUAUUGCUGGGUUUUUCAAUAAAUCAAAUAGUGCUCCUACUAAAACAGUUGAGGUCAUUAAAAGUAAAAAUGAUAUUAAAGAAUUAAAAGCAGAAAAACAAAAUUGUAAAAAAAAUCCAGUAAUGGGAGCAGAACAAAUGGAAAUAGAUGAAGAAGUAGAGAAUAAACAGAAAGAAACAGAGUCUAAAAAAGAGACACAAAACAAAGAGAGACAACAAAAAGAAAUUUCCAGCAAUAAGUCUCUUAAUCAAAUUAAGAGGAAUGCUAAAGUUGACACAAAAAGGAAAAGGGUGUUAUAUAUAUCAGAUAGUGAGAGUGACUGCGAGAACAAUCCUUUUGUUGAUGAUGUGGAGCCCAAUAUUGAACAUGUGUCCGAGGAUGAGAUUCCUCCAACUCCAGCUGUCAAAACUCUAAAGAUCUCAUCAGGGAUCACUAAUCCUAAAAAGAGAAGGAAAAUUGUAGAUAAGACUUACACAGAUGAGGAUGGCUACAUUCUUACUAAAAAAGAGGAAGUUUAUGAAAGCUGCUCAGAUAAUGAAGAGAAAUUGCCCUCCAAAGAAAAUAUAGUUCAAGGAAACCAGGUGAAAGUGCCACCAAAGAUAGAACUGUCUCCUAAGAAGAAUGGUCCUAAGAAUUCUAAGAAACCUUCCCAGAAAGGGAAGCAGGCAACUUUAACGAAUUUUUUCAAGAAAGUGUAAAUGACAUGGUCACUGCCUUACCUCUAAAAUUUGUUCAUAAAAUUCCUAGUUUUCUAGUUUCAAAGAAUUACGCUUUCAACUUCAAUUUUUGAAUUGAAAUUCAGUCACAGAUAGGACAGAUUUAUUGUAACAAUACAGAACUUGCAGAAUUUCCUUUUUUUGUGGAAACUGGAAGUUUUAUCAAAAACUAGUAGUUUCAAAGUUAUUUCCAACAGUAAUAAUAUUUUUGUGCAUUAUAAUUAUCCAUUUAAGGCGACGUGUUAUGAUCCUUGCAUUAGUAUUUGUAAUCAAUCAUGAAUGGAAUAUUUGUUUGAAUUUCACUUUUGGCAAAAGCAUUGAGUGUUUAGUUUUACCCUUAACAGAAUGAGGAUUGUUUAUUUUGU